CCACUCAGAGGGGACACAGGAAGAGACGAGACUUCAUCCGACCAUAGAUUCUCUCUAACGCCUCAACUACAGACACACUGCAGCGUUAAACAUGGGCCAGAGCGGCUGCUGGUUGGAGUUUUGCAUCCUGGGAAUAAUUGCUGCUUCAUUUCCAAGCAUCGCAUCAAGUCAGGAUGAGAUUACAAUCAACGUGAUCCUGCUGCAGGAUGAAGAAUCUCCGUGGAGCCUGAAUUUCGUAGAGGGACAAAUACUGAAGGCUAUAGAGGUGGAUUCAGCCAUAAAUGCUGCACAGGGCGUGAGGUUUAACCUUACGGCCAAAUUCGGGGGGUUCAACACAACUCUGUACCAACAUAAAGGCUGCCCGAGCAGCGCGUGCGAGGGCGUGGAUGAGCUCAAAAACCUGAUGGAGUCGAAGGAGCUGGGGUAUGCUGUGCUCGGGCCCACCUGCACAUACGCCGCUUUCCAAAUGGUUGAUGCGGAGCAAGGCCUGAAGCUGGCGACCCCCAUCCUCUCCGCGGGGGGCUUCGGCCUCUCCUGCGACUACACGCUCAACCUGCAGCGGCUCCUGCCUCCAGCUCGCAAGAUCUCAGACUUCUUCAUCCACUUCUGGAGAGACAGCAACAGGUUCAAGCCCAGUUGGAAGACGGCGUAUAUUUACAAGAAAACGACCAACACUGAGGAUUGUUUUUGGUACAUAAAUGCUCUGGAAGUUGGCAUGUUCGCUGAGAGUAUUAAGAAAAAGAGCCUGCGCAAACCUGAGGAGUUAAGAAACGUUCUCACGUCGCACAAAAACAAUCGCACGAGCAACCUGUUCAUCAUAUGCGGGUCACCGGAGGACGUGCUGGAGAUGAAGAAUGGCACCGCGGAGACAGACAGCAGCGACGUUCUCUUCGUCCUCAUUGACCUUUACAACGAUAAAUAUUACGCCAACGCGACGUCGCUGCCGUUCAUGCGGAACGUGCUGGUGGUGACGAUGCCCAACAGCAGAACGUACAACGUCAGCGCGGACCUAACGGACGCGCACGCGGUGAGAACCGGGGCCGUCGCCUCAACGCCUUCAUGGAUCCAGUUCUUUGAAAUGAACGACUACGUGGCUGCGUAUCACGACGCGGUGCUGCUGGUCGGUCGAGUGAUGAGGGACAUCCGCUGGGACAUCGAGCGCACGGAGUUCGUCAACGUCAACUACUUCAGGAACAUUGUUUUCAGUGGAGCUGCUGGAGAAUACAGACUGGACCAGAAUGGAGACAGAGAUGUGAAUCUGUCCAUCAUUUACACCACCACGGACAACACGUACGAGAUCCUAUUCACAUUCGACACCCAGUACAACGUAACCACAGUGACGGACGACAACCCGUCCUUCAUCUGGGGAAAAAGGCUUCCAAACUCCAUACCGGCCCAAGGUCUGGCGGUGCAGGACAUCAUCGUCACUGUGUUGGGGGUCACGGUGGUGGUGGUGGCCAUCAUCGCCUUCAUCUUCUACAGACAGAACAGGAAAGGCCGUAUGCUGAGGAAGCGCUGGUCCCACAUAACCUCUGACCACAUCACGCUGCUGGAAAACAACGAGCUCAACGUCUUCUGUCUUCAGAUUGAAGACAAGAGUAAGAGCAUGAGCGUCAAGAUCCGCCGUGCCCUCUACGAUAAGAAGAUCGUGAUUCUAAAGGAGCUGAAAAACUCAGAUGGAAACUUCAAUGAGAGGCAGAGGAUGGAACUUAAUGCGCUUCUGCACAUCGAUUACAACAACCUCACAAAGUUCUACGGCACCGUGAAGUUCGAUCAGGGCAUGUUUGGCGUGUUCGAGUACGGAGAGCGGGGCUCACUCAGGUAUGUGCUGAACGACAAGAUUUCGUACCCAGAGGAGACGUUCAUGGACUGGGAGUUCAAGAUCUCGGUCAUGUAUGACAUCGCCAAGGGCAUGUCCUACCUCCACUCCAGUGACAUCCAGGUGCACGGUCGCCUCAAGUCCACGAACUGCGUGGUGGAUAAUCGCAUGUUGGUGAAGAUCACAGACUUCGGCUGCAACACCUUCCUGAGCCCCGACCGAGACCUGUGGACCGCUCCGGAGCACCUGAGGACGCAGGGCACCUCCCAGAAGGGAGACGUCUACAGCUUCGCCAUCAUCGCGCAGGAGAUUGUUCUUCGGAAGUGCACCUUCUACACCGAGAGCUGCUGGGACCAAGCAGAAAAGCUGUCCAGAGUGGUCAAGUCCUACUUCAGACCUGAUCUCAACUUUGAGACAGCUUUGGAAAAAGAAGCAGAAGUUUACAUGUUAAUAAAAAGCUGCUGGGAUGAGGAUCUGGAAAAAAGACCUGACUUUAAGAAAAUAGAAAACCUUCUGGGGAAAAUCAUCAGUAAAAUUCAUAACCAGGAGAAAGAGAGCUACAUGGACAACAUGAUCAGGCGCCUGCAGAUGUACUCCAGGAACCUGGAGCACCUGGUGGAGGAGCGGACGGCGCUUUACAAGGCUGAGCGGGACCGAGCGGACCGCCUCAACUUCAUGCUGCUCCCUGGCCCCGUUGUGAAAAGCCUGAAGGAGACCGGCGUGGUGGAGCCGGAGCUGUACGAGGAGGUGACCAUAUACUUCAGCGACAUCGUGGGCUUCACCACCCUGUGCCAGUACAGCACUCCCAUGGAGGUGGUGGACAUGCUCAACGACGUCUACGGGGGAUUCGACAGCAUCGUGGACCACCACGACGUCUACAAGGUGGAGACCAUCGGUGACGCCUACAUGGUGGCCUCAGGGCUUCCCGAGCGCAACGGCAACCGGCACGCGGUGGACGUCUGCCGCAUGGCGCUGGACAUCCUGGCCUUCAUGUGCAGCUUCCAGCUGCGACACCUGCCCGGCAUCCCCCUGUGGAUACGCAUCGGCAUUCACUCAGGUCCCUGUGCGGCCGGCGUCGUGGGCAUGAAGAUGCCCAGAUAUUGCUUAUUUGGGGACACCGUCAACAUAGCGUCCAGAAUGGAGUCGACAGGACACCCCCUGCGGAUCCACGUCAGCCAGCCGACAAUAGAAAUCCUCCAGAGGACAAACUGCAGGUUUGAGUAUGAGAUGAGAGGAGAAACGAAUCUGAAGAAUAAAGGCAUAGACACCACGUACUGGUUGACAGGUGAAACCGGUGAGGACUACAACCUCCCAGUUCCACCCACAACAGAGAACUUUCACCGGCUCCAGCAGGACCUCGCCAACAUGAUCCUGACGUGUCUGGAGCGGCGCUCUCGGGGAUCUGUUCGGAGGAGGAAGCCGGCCCCUUGUGAGAGGGGGGAGACUGACGGUGACCAGGGAUCGGAGUCUGAGAGCGAGCAUCUGGAGUACCUGCAUCUGGCCAGUGUGGACAACACACUCAGUACCCUUCUGUAGCACAGACCCUGGAUCAGAGCAGGGCGAUUGUAGUCAGAAGAGAGGCAGAAAGGGCUCAAACUCCCAAUAACAAAGUAAAGCAGAGACGUGAUCCACUUGUUAUACACAGGUUCAUUUCACUCACUCAUUAUCAGGGUCCCUCACACUCACGUUGACAGUUCAGGCUCUACAAUUAACCUAAAUGCUUCUAAAUGGAAACCGGACUAAACCCACAGGGACACAAGGACAACAUGUAAACGCACGCACACACAAAAACAAUUCAAUUCAGCAACUAAAAACUCUCUCCAGUAACUGAACACAGGCAGGACGGUCGGACCAGUAACUGAAUAAUGGUGACACGUGUAGACGAGAACAGAGAGGAAGAGUAAAAGACCCAAAGUCAGACCCAUAAUAGAGAAGCUCAGUGUUUGAAGGAAAUGCUCCAGCAUCUAAGUCUAUGUCAGAGGGACCUGAAACAUCUUAAACUACAAGCUCUAUCACAAAGGAAGGUUUUAAGCCUGAUCUUAGAGGAAAGAUGGUAUCUGCUUCUAGAACCUGAGCAGGAAGCUGGUUCCACAGUAGAGGAGCUUGGCAGCUAAAGGCUCUGCCUCCCGUUCUAUGUUUACGAUCCCGCUACACA